CCCCCUGCGGGAGGGAUACAGGCCAUGCUCAAAGAUAGGUCCCUGUCCUAUUCAGCGAGGGUGUGGGGUCAGUGCGAAGAGGGGCCGGGCAGAGCCGGAAAGGAGGUGGCAGGGGAGGCCUGAGAAGCGGAGGUGCGCCAGGUGCGAGUGCUCGGCCGAUGGCGGAGCGCGGCUGGGGUCGCGGCGAGAUCUCUGGACUUUGGGCCCUCGGCGGCUCCCAUCGCGGCCUGGACGCGAAGCGAGAAGGCUACUGCAGCCGCCAUCCCUCCUGGCGCGGGCGCUUGGGUAUGUGGACUCCCGCUCCGCCGGGCCCGGCGUUCCGGCUCCCGGAAGCGGAAGGCGAGCGCGGCGGGGCCUGGGCGGCGGCGGCGACGCCGGGGAGGAGGAGGAGGACGAGGGAAGAGCCUCUGGAGGUCGCCGGAGCGGCGGUGAGGCGAGCGCGCGGCUGGGUUCUCAUGGAGAACUGUUAUUGAAGAGAGGUCCUUUGGUGGGAUGUAAUUUAAAAAAGAAUGAAUCAAGAUAAAACUUCUAAAUGCAAGAACCAGAAAAAUCACAGCACAUCUCGGUGAACUUGCAAUUGCCUCACCUGAGCCUGUAGACAGCAGCUGAGUGGAGGGCGCCUGGCAUCCGGGCCAGUUCAUACUUGUGGUUGUGAUCUGCUUUGGAGCUCGUGGAAGACCCUGCUUUAUUUUCUACAGCCCUAUUGCAAAGAUUAUGUGGCACUAAGUUUUACUGAUCAGGGUUGUCUUUUCUGGUGCGUUUGCCAGGCAGUCAUAGGACUGUACAAUGGGCCUCCGGAUUCACUUUGUUGUUGACCCACACGGCUGGUGCUGCAUGGGUUUGAUUGUCUUUGUCUGGUUAUACAAUAUUAUUUUAAUUCCCAAGAUUGUUCUCUUUCCGCACUAUGAAGAAGGGCAUAUUCCAGGCAUACUAAUAAUAAUAUUCUACAGCAUUGCCAUAUUUUGUCUGGUUGCCUUAGUGAGGGCCUCAAUAACUGACCCAGGAAGACUCCCCGAGAACCCUAAGAUUCCACAUGGAGAAAGAGAAUUCUGGGAAUUAUGUAACAAGUGUAAUUUGAUGAGACCAAAGCGUUCCCAUCACUGCAGCCGCUGUGGCCACUGUGUAAGGAGAAUGGAUCAUCACUGUCCAUGGAUUAACAAUUGUGUUGGUGAAGAUAAUCAUUGGCUUUUUCUGCAGUUGUGUUUCUACACUGAACUUCUUACUUGCUACGCACUGAUGUUUUCUUUCUGCCACUAUUAUUAUUUUCUUCCACUAAAAAAGCAUAAUUUGGACCUCUUUGUUUUUCGACAUGAAUUGGCCAUCAUGAGGCUCGCUGCCUUUAUGGGGAUUACUAUGUUUGUUGGAAUAACUGGACUCUUUUAUACGCAACUAAUUGGCAUCAUCACUGAUACAACAUCUAUUGAAAAGAUGUCAAACUGUUGUGAAGAAGUAUCGAGGCCCCGCAAGCCAUGGCAGCAGACCUUCUCAGAAGUUUUUGGCACUCGUUGGAAGAUCCUGUGGUUCAUUCCUUUCAGGCAGAGGCAACCACUGCGAGUUCCCUACCACUUUGCCAAUCACGUCUAAACAGAUGGAUGGUGGGCACAGAUGGGUCCUCUGUGCUGGAAAUGCGUUACAGGUUUUAUGAUAAUAGAACUAUGACAGUCUUCAAGUCAGUUAAAAUCCACCCACCAAUCUUAGGCAUCACAAUGUGCCCCAGGCUUUAUUUUAAUAGUGAUCUUGAUCCUGUUGUGGGACUAAUCCAAGAUCUAUAUUUAAGUUUUAAAGCAUGUUUACUUUCAAAUUAGCUUUCCACAGGGAUUUCUUUAAAUGCUUUUGUUAUUAAACUCAAAAGGCAGUGAUUGGGAGAAAUAAUUCUACAUAAAUUUCUUUUAGUACUGACAGUGUUAUAGAUUUUAAUUUGUGGGAAAUUUCUGAUGUUUAUUUAAAUUUUCACUUUUAAGCAGUACUUACCAAAUCUGAAUUUAAUUCUUCGGGUUUUACAAAACUUGAUAUGCCUUCUUAUAUGUAAAUUUUUUUUAAAUACAAGUUAAAAUACUUAAUACUUUUUUUUGUAUGUGCUGCAAGAUUUUUUAAAUGCAGCUUGAGGAUGAACGAUAACAAAGGGCAGUGUUUUCAUAAGAGCAGCUUUCUAAUGUGUCCUCCUCUCUUCACCAAAAUCAAAACAAAAACACACUAAAGGAAAAUAUCAACUACCUUAGUAUAAAGAAAAGAUUAAUUUUUUCCGCAUUAAUUUUUCCCUUUACUAUUGUAAUUAUUGUUUGCUACCAGUGGUCAUAUAUUCCUAUUUUACCCUAAGGUUUUAAUGAACAAAAGUAAUAGAAAAUCUACAGUAAUUUCAGUUACUUUUUCUAGUGUGAUAUGUUAGGAUGCAUACAUUUUUUAAAUGCUGUAUAAAUAAUAUAUAAUGUACAGUGUAAAGAGGAAUAUUGUGCUUUUUAAAAAUAUAUACUUUUUACUUGUAUUUAUCUACUAGUAGAUGUAAAAUUACACACUGAAGAUUUAUAAAUAUAGAUAUAUAGAUAUUGGGCAACUCAUAUUGAAAUUUUACUUACUAAUAACUAGUAAGUAACUCAUAAUUAGCAAGUUACUAGUAAGGGUCACUAACUUUUAUGUACCAAUAAUCACCUAAAAUGAAGUUAAAUUUCCACUGACCAAAUAGAAGUUGUGUUGCUCUAGAGACCUUAAAAUGUUAGGGAAUUUUCUUACAAUAAUGAAACAAUAAUAAUGAUCUAUAUUUAUCAUUAGCCUUGUACAAAUUUAAAUUGCUAAUAGUAAUGGUCUCUUGGAAAGCAAAGAACAUUUGUGUGAAAAGAUAUUUAGUAUGCUUUGAAAAAAUUUAGCUUUUAGUUUUUCCACUAGAAUACUACAAAAUCCAUAUGUUUUUAAAAAAACAUUAUAUACUUACAGUUUUCCUUUAAGAGAAGAUUGAAAGAGUCUGCUGGACCAUAUUUAUACUUUUAGUUUUGAAAAUAAGGUAUCAUAUUUGGGAUACAAUGAAGCAGACGGUUGUCAUUGUUGGCCAAUUGGCUAUACUAUGGCUAAUUCUUUCAGAAAUUGUAAAUACCCUCUAAAAUAUUCUGAAAUAAUAGAAUAAACUCUUUCAGAGAUAUUAAUGUCAUGUUUUUCAUGUUUUAAUUAUGUUUAUUACUUAAAAAGUUAGAUGUGGCAAAUGAAAGUAUUUAUUGGUGCUGAUAAAAUGUAUAUAGUAAAUUUAAUAUAAGAAAUAUAAAGAUUAAUGAAACAUAAAAUUAGUAUUAGACACAUUGGUUGGAUUUUAUGAAAGCUAAUUAUCCAAACUUGGUGGCAACAGAACUAGUACAAAGAAUUAAACUAUGUAAUAUAAGUAGAUGUCAGUUGACUGCCUUAUGUUGCAUACAUUCCCUUCACAUGAGAACCUUGAGAAAACAGCUGGGCCAAGUGAAGGCCUUAAAGAGCUUUAUGGAGGUAUUCAUGUAGUAGCAGUAGCUAUAGUGAAGUAAUGGGGGAGGUCUCUUUCCUAUUCUAAGGCUUGUGUUUUGGGUGUUCUUAGAUUUACCACUUCUGGGGCACAUUCUUUUCCUUUCUUUUUCUUUACCUUCCUUGGUCCUGUUCCCUCUAUAUCCAGUUCCUCUGAGCUAUGGGUCUGAAAACUAAUGCACUAGAAAACCAUAUGCUAAUUUCUUGUGAAUGGCAGAAAUGCUACCUGUCACUGUAUUUGCAUAAAAAUCCAUAUUAACGUGUUAAUUAACAUCUGUAUAUACUUAUGCUGUAACUUUCAGUGUUCUCAAGUUAGCACUCUUAACCCUACAAUGGGAUUUAUAAUUCUUCUAGACUACUAGAGAGAAGCCAUUGGCAGUUUCCUGGGGAUUACAUAAACUCUGGUGUUCUUUCUGCGCCCUCUUUUGGCUAAUUGAUGUAAUUGUAUUGAUGUAAUUGUAUUGGUUCUAGAGGUUUCCAGUCCUGUAAAUUUUACACACAAAUUUUGAACAUGUCAGAGGUACACAAUUAGGAAAAAUAUAUGUAUUAUAAUGUAAAAUUUUAUGAAAAUGAAUGAUCUAUUUAUGAUUUUAUUUUAAUUCAUAGAAAUGUGUUGACUACUUUGCUUCAUGUAUUUUUUUUUUUUACCAACAAUACAUAUUUAUAUCAGAUCAGGAUAAACUAGGCAUAAUGUAUUUUAUGUUAAUCCUUACUUUGGCAAAUUAAUUCUUUAGAAUUAGGCUCUUUAAAGUUGUAGUUUAUUAUAAAACAGAAAUUUAUUAUAGUUACAAUGACAACCACCUGUGCAAUGUGUUUUAUUGAGUAUUUUAAAAUGCAUAUAGGUUUUUCUAUCUCGAUUUUGGAAUGAAUUUAUUUAUUGGCGCUACUAUCUUAAAACAACUAAGAAGAGAUUAAUACUCCUUCUGUGCUUUUUUGUUUUAACUUUCCCAGAGUUGUCCAUGUAGCUUUAGUAGCCAGUUUAAUAUGUAUUGUGAAUACCCAUGAAAAUAACUAAAUGUGUUCAACAUUAGAAAAUAAAUAUUAGCAGUGAGGUUACUGAUACAGUCUGAUGUUGAACAAAGUGUAUCUUUAAAAACUUUCCAUUUAAUUUUUGCAAGAUGUUUUUUACAUUAACAACAUUUAUUGGCUUUUGAAGAUGAAAAGUUUUUACCAGGAUACAGUUACACCUCCUGAACACUCAUAUUUGUUGCUUUCUGUAAACAGAAAUGUUUUGGGGAUUAAUAUAGGCUGAAAAUCAUUGUCAGAAAUAGACUUAGAGAAUCCCCCAAGCAAUGAGAAUUUAAUUAAAGAGUUCUUGGUACUUGUAACGCAGACUUAGAGUUUAAAAAUAUUAACCUGAUGUUCUAUUAUAAUAAAAAUAUUAUACUAUUUAGUUUAAGAGUUGUAUUAAAAGUAUUAGUGGUUAACAUAAGGACAGCCAUUUAAAAUUGCAGCUAACAUAUUAACCUUUUUUUCAGAAGAAAACAGUUUAUUUUUAAUAGUACUGAAGUAGGGGCUUUGGGUAUAGCUCGGUGGAAGAGCACAGGCAAGGCCCUGGGUUUAGUCCUUAGCACCAAAAAAUAAAUGAAUGAAUGAAUGAGUGAAUGAAUGAAUGAAUGAGUAGAAGCAAGUAGAGGAAUAAGUGUACACAAAAUUCAUCAUAACAGCUGAGCUGAAACUUCUGUCAGAAUUAAUAUAUUUUUACUAAUGAAUAGAAGUCUUUUUUUCUAAGGAUGGUGGCUAAUUCUACCUGUUCUUUCUUAGACUUCAAGUCACCUCUACACAAGUAACUAGUUGGAGAUAUGUUUCAUUCAAAAGGUAUAUUCUGAAUAAGGAUCAAGAAGACUUAGGACCCACUCUCAAGCAGGAAGUGUGAACUAAUUUCGAUUAUGGCUUACACUAUUUUCUGUGUGUUAGAUUAUGGGGCGUUUUGAGUUAUUCCCCCAUGUACUGUAAAAUCACAGUGUGUCUAGCUGUGGCUUAAUAUGACAUCAGUAUUCAUUAAUAGAGCUAGUUUCUCUGUGGACUUUCUCUAGUCUCUUACUAAUUCUCUUAUGCUUCAUGUAUCAUUAAAUUACAUAGUAGCUCAAGUUUACUAAACUGUAGUUACUUCAUUAAAUUUUUUACAUGACCUCUAAUAUACAUAGAUAUAUCUAGAAUUUAUUUGGUAAAGUUUACACUUAUAAACAAAGUAGUUUGAUAUAAGUAUAGAUUUUCAUCCAGUUCUACUGCUAUUUUAAAAAUAUAAGUAUUGGCAAAUGUAGUUAGUCAUGUACAUUUAGUGUGUUCUACUUGGUAGUGUUAUUAACCAUGUAAUUAAGGAAUGAGUGAAUUGCUUAAUGUCCAUGUUUUUUGCCUUCUAUAGUAGGAAUUAUCCUCUGAAUUUAUCUGUAAAUCAGAAUUUUCAGUAUGCUCCAUAUUUGGCUAUUCUCAUUUCAAUUUUGGAAUAUUCUACAGUAGAAUGUGAGAAAGUAUUAGAAAUUAACUUGUUUGAAGUAUUUUGAACAAAUAUCAUUAUUUACUAUUAUCAAUAUUUAGCAGUCUGCUACUUUUGGAAUGAUGGUAUAACUUUGGGAAAAUGACUUUUCUCUGGCUUCUUUCAUUAUCAUUUGCAUUUUUUAGCAAUAAAAUUCAUUACAUUUUUGUCUUUUAUUCAGAUUUUUCAAUACUGCCUGCUAGUACUAAUUUGAAACAAAUAACAUCAUUUUAAAAUUCUUUAGUCACUGAUAUGACGUAUUUGUCAUUAUCAUAUUUUUUUACCAUAUCGUAUCCUUUAUCCCUUGACACCAGAGGACAGGUGCAAUUGAGUAGUAAGUAGCCAACAAACUGUAUGGCGGGAAUGGGGGACCUUCAUAAACUGGAGAGGCUAGAUGAGGUGAACAAUGAGCAUGGGGAAACCCUUUCUGUGCUCAGAGCACACCCUCUGCGCUCAGCGUGUCAGCCUUUUCUCUCCUUGGUGCCAUUUUACCCUUAGAGUUGUUAUGCAUGGAGCAUUUAGGUGGUGGUAUUUGAUCUAAGGAGUUUAGAUUGCUCUCUUUUUAGCUGGUCAGUACCUUGAGAAGUAAUUUUUAAUUUUAAAUGAGUAAUUGUGUAGUGUAUGAUAACAUGCAGUAUUGAAAGUGUGGAAAUGCAGCUAUUUAAUACAGAGGAGAAAUGAAAAAGUUGCCCACAGUUUGAAGGAACUGAGACUUUUCUGCGGGUCUCUUAAGGCAAAAAAA